AUGCAAGCCAAGCUCAUCCUCGCUCUCGUGGCUUUGGCCGCUGCCGCCCCUCAGCCCCAAGGCUGGUCUGACUCCGGCUCCGGCUCCGGCUCCGGCUCCGGCUCCGGCUCCGGCUCCGGCUCUGGCUCUGGAUCCGGCGGUCUCGGCGAACAUGGCGGUGGCCAGGGCGGCCAAGGCGGUCAGGGUGGCUUCGGUGGGAACCACGGCGGUCAAGGUGGCUUCGGAGGAGGCAACGAGGGUGGCCAGGGCGGCUUCGGCGGCGACAAGGGUCCUCAUGGUGGCAGCGGUAGCGGUGGCGACAGCGGCAGCGGAGGCUGGGGUGACCACGGCGCACCCCCUGCUCCCCCUACCGGCGGCGAGCAGCCUCCACCACCACCAGCUUCUCCUCCCACCCCUCCUACCGGCGGCGAAAAGCCCCCGCCACCUCCUGCCUCUCCUCCCACACCUCCUACUGGUGGUGAGGCGCCCCCACCACCUCCGGCACCACCCGUCCAGCCUCCAACGGGUGGUGAGACGUCCCCGCCGCCUCCAGCACCCCCUGUCCAGCCUCCAACCGGUGGCGAGGGCGGAUGGGGUGACGUUCCCAGCGUGCCCGUUGUCAGCAGCACGACUUCUUGCACGACUCCCGUUGUCGUGACCAGCACCCCCGAGUCUACCUGGGCAGAUGUACCCUCCGUGCCUGCAAGCACCGUCCCAGAGACCUCUGUCCCGGCGACUUCGUCAGUGUGGGUUGAGGUUCCUCCCCCAUCUGCUCCUCCCGCACCUCCUGCGCCUCCUGCACCUCCUGCUUCUACUGCGCCCCCUGCGCCUCCGGUCCCGGCAACCACGCCCGUCUCGCCUUCGCAGCCUCAGCCUGAGCCAGUCAAGCCCUCUGAGCCUGCGGUCAGCACCUUCACUGGUGCCGCCGCUAUGCCCACCGCCGCCCUUCAGGCCGUGGGUGCCGGUCUGGCUCUUGCUUUGGCCGCACUGCUGUGA